AUGACUCCUCCUCUUCCUCUUCCUCUUCCUACUUCUUCUGCUUCUCGUCUUCGUUCUUCUAUUCCUCAUCAUUUUCGUCACCUUCCUCCUCCUUCACCCUUUUCGCCCACUAAUUCCGCUUCCUCUGCUUUCUCCUGCUAUACUUCUGCACCUCGCUCGCUUCCUUUUUUUAUACCCCUCCUCCUCCUCCUCCUUCUAUUUCUUCUGCUUCCCGUCUUCGUUCUUCUAUUCCUCAUCAUUUUCGUCACCUUCCUCCUCCUUCACCUUUUUUACCCACUAAUUCCCCUUCCUCUGCCCCCUCCUCCUCCUACUUCUUCUGCUUCUCGUCUUCGUUCUUCUAUUCCUCAUCAUUUUCGUCACCUUCCUCCUCCUUCACCUUUUUCACCCUCUAAUUCCCCUUCCUCUGCUUUCUCCUCCUAUACUUCUGCAUCUCGCUUGCUUCCAUUUUCUAUACCUCCUCCUCCUACUUCUUCUGCUUCUCGUCUUCGUUCUUCUAUUCCUCAUCAUUUUCGUCACCUUCCUUCUCCUCCACCUUUUUUGCCUACUAAUCCCCCUUCCUCUGCUUUCUCCUCCUGUUCUUCUGCACCUCGCUCGCUUCCUUCAUCUAUACCUCCUCUUCCUCUUCCUACUUCUUCUGAGUCGCGUCUUCCUCUUUCUUUUCCUGUUCCUUUUCGUUUAUCGCACCCUAUUCUUCUUCAUUCAAUGACCCACUUUUUUCUUUUCUUUUCUCUCUCUCUCUCUCUCUCUCUCUCUCUCUCUCUCUCUCUCUCUCUCAUCUUCUGA